CUCAUUUGCGUCGUCGACAAGUUGCCGUUUGCUUGUAAAAGUCGGUCGUUUCUUCGCUCCGUUUGAAGUAUUAUAAUUUGCUAUUAAAUAAUCGAGUAAUUGUUGGUUUCUAAUAAUAUGUCAUAAAUAUUUUACAGAUUUUAUCAAGAUUAUAGGAUUCCAGGAAUUCUACACAUACAAGGUCAUCGCUGCGUAACAUCACAACAGCACCGGUGAAUUCGGUCGUCUAAUUCCACAGGCUGGACAGAAAAAAUCAAGCGUCAAAAUGGAAGAAAAUGACGUUUUUUUCUCUGCUGCAGAUAACAUCCCACCAACCAUUAGCCAGGGUAAAUUUGGUAUGGCGAGUGGACUUCGGAAACCUUGUGCGUUAAGUGAUUCUUCAAACAGCAUCAAGAAAUCAAAACUGGGUCUUGGGAACAUUCCCAGUUUUGGGUUCAAAAAACCAACCCCUCUCGGUAUCAAGAAACAGGCUACUCGCAGCAUCGCUUCUAUCGAGGAUCUUACUACUAAUAAUAAUGAGACAAAUGGCAAGCAUCGAUCCAACUCGGUUCCCAGUAAUAAUAAGAAACCUUCACAGCCGCUCAAGGAUCUCAACGAAUUUUACGAUUUCGGUGAUGAUGGGGACGAUUGGUACCCAGAGCAAGAGUAUUUGCGAGAUUUUUCAAUCCGAGACUUAAAAGAUUAUAUUAUUUCAUCCCCGAUUGAAAUAAACCUUGAAGAAGAAGAUGAACUCAUUCCAAGAAUUAAUGAUGACUUUACGUGGACGGGUAGACUCGAUGAUAGUUAUCAAGAACAAGAUGAUGAUGACGAUGAAAAUUACCCGGAAAUUGAGACAAUUCCAUCCGGAUAUGCUACACGAAAUUGUGUUGAAAAUCAAGUUUGGGUAUGCGAUCUCGAAUAUGAAAAAGAUGACCCGAUCAUUUCACAACCACCGACCUUGAAAUACGAUCCUGCUAGCCAUUCAGCUUUCAUGUCUGAUUAUUUAUCUGCCAUCAAUAUGUUACCGUCAAUUUCCUCAGACGAAGACAGUACGGACGUCAGCAACGAUGAAGAUUCAAACGAGAUUUGAUUCCUGAGAUUUGCAUUGAAUCUCUUAUUCUUUGAAUGAAUACUAAUUAUGUUUCAAUAUUCAAAUAUCAAUAUCGAGAAGCGUUGCAUGCCUGAAAAUUUUAGUUGUAUUCCUAUCACUGUCUCUCUCCUACUACUUCUACCUGUCAAUAUAAUGUCACCUUAUAACUAUUUAAUGUAAUUACUCGUACUGAUUUCACUGUGAUCAUAUCUUAAAGAUAGUGAUGAACACCGCACUGAUAUUACUGUAAUAUAAAAUAAUACCCUAUCUUGAUAAUUUCACAAAAUAAUAGAUGCAUGUAUUUUUAAAUGAACAAAUGUCCAUUCCAUUUAAAUUGUAUUUUUAACUAAAAGUAAUUCGAGCAAAUUUUUUAACAGACUUAACUGUAAUUCGGAUUUUUUGUAUAAUAAAGAUUAUAAUGUGCAUGUAUGAAUAUCAAUGUCAAA